UUUCUAAUGAAAUGGUUCCUACAAAUCAUAAAUUCACACUUGGAUUGUUAUAAGUCUCGGACUAGACCAAACUUUAACACACCAGACACCAUACUAAACUAGAUCAUACAUAAAUAGAUGAGAUCAGAUCAGACCAGACUUUCGUAGUUAUAAAAUGCACAGAGACCAGAUAUUUACCAGACCAGACCAAACCAGCUUAAAACAGAUCAUACUUAAACAGAACAGACCAGACCAUCAAAUUACGAUCCAAGUAAAAACAUCUUUGUUCCCGAAUCCAUAACAAAUUAAGAGUACUUCAUCAUAUUCUUCCAUCUCCAUCCUACCAUAGGCAUGAGCAACACUUCAAUCUCCCUCUGCAUGCCCUUGGUUUUCUUCCAUCGAUGCCAUCAUGCCAAACAAAAAAAAAACAGCUAGCCUAUGUCAUCAGAAUGCCCACGAACACACCCCUGUCGAAUACCCGAUCGUGCCAUGAGGCCGACGGACACAACUUCUUCACUCACCUUUACCGCAAUGGAGCGCAAAAGCUAAAACUAAGAAAUCUAGAGAAAUCCUAGGUAUCAUCCGCUAAUUCAAUGGGAAUUCAUAUAAAAUGUUAACCUCAAUAAUAUGUGUAUCGUGUUUAAUGAGUGAUUAAAAGGCCGAUACAUCGCAUCGCAUAUAGUCCACCCUAAAUUGUCCUAUAAAAAAAGUAUAUGUAGGCGUUUGGGCAAUGGGUGAUUGUGUUAUGUGCUUGCUUGAUGAUAGUAUAUUUUGUUUACUAUGUUGAUUAGCAAAUAGUAUUUUAGUAUUUUAUAAAAUGGUGUUUGAUUAAGUGACUAAUCACAAUUAGAUGAUAGGUUGUUAAAUAACUUUUAAGGAAUUUUAUCAAUUCAACAUCUCAAAGAUAGAUUAAUUAUCAAUUCGGGAUCAGAAAGAUGAAAUGUAUUAAUAUAAGAUCCAAAUGAUGGAAAACUAUCAAUCGACCUAACAUUUCAUAAAUUUUGAUUUAUUUUAUUUCUUAUCAUUUCAUUGCUAAUUUUUUAUUAAUUUUUCAUCAAAAAUCUUUUUUAGUUUAGUAAAACUAAAUUAUAUUUAAUAAUUUUAAAAUAAAAAAAAAAUCAUUACAAUUUGGGUCUUCGAUUGAUAGUUUUCAACCAUUCAAGUCCUAAAUUGAUAGUUUUCCAUCAUUCAAGUCCUAUGUCGAAAUCUUUCAUCUUUCAGAUCCCAAAUUGAUAAUUCGUCUAUCUUUCAGGUCCUAGAUUGAUGAAAUUCCAACUUUUAAAGAAUCAAUUAAUCUUUUUUGUGAAUGUUAUCGGUACAACUACUUAAAUUGUAGCCACGUCGACUAUAACCCUAGCCGGAAUCACUAAAACUCGAGUGACUAAAACCUUAGCCGCAGAAUUGAAACCCAAGAUACACCGGAUUCAAUUCGCCCAACUUAUCCCACUCUAGUGACUCUUGUGUAAUGGCUUGUGCCCAAACACUGAAUGUAGUAGUAAUUAAGUAAUCGCGCAAUGGAACUUGACAAAUUGUUAUGUUUGUACGCACAUUUUAAUGAGAAAGAUUAUUAGAGAAAAUUACCAAUUUACGGGAGUUUUGGGACUGACAAGCCAAAAUACGGGACUUCGGUUUAGGUUACCAUUUUACGGGAGUCGGAUUCUCCAAUUCCGACAGGAGGAAAAGCUUUAAAAAGUAAAAAUAAAACCUAGUCGGAAUUGUGUAAUCCGACUAGGGGUGUUCGAAUUUUUUUAACAUUUCCAUUAUUUGUUUAAUCCGAAGGAAUUAAAAAAAACAAAAAAAACAAUUUAAAUAAAACAAAAAAAACCUAGUCGGAAUUGUGUAAUCCGACUAGGGGAUGUUCAAAAUUUUUUUAUUGUUUGCUUUGAUUUGUGUUCACUCAUUUUACUAAAUUAAACGGAAUAUUGUCCCAUUCAAACUCUUGAGUGUAUAUUUAAAAAAAUCAAUAUAUUUUGGUUGAAAUAAAAUGAAAAAAAUACAAAUUUUUCCAUUAUUGUAAUCCUAAGCAAUCAAAAAAUAAAAAAUAUAAAAAUAAAAAAACAAAAGCAAAACUGUCGGAAAGCCCACAUCCGACUAGCAGUCUAUUUUAUUUUCGAAAAAAGCAAUCUAUUUUGUUUUAUUUUAAGAAAUUUAAUAAAUUAAAUUUUAUAAAUUAAAUUUUAUUUUAAGAAAUUUAUAUUCGAGAUAAAUUUUAUUUUAUGUAACCCAUAACUUUAGAAUUAUUUAUUAGAUAAAACUGAUAAUCAGAUAAAAUUUAAUCAGAUAAGUUCAAUCAGAUAAAAUGAAUCAGAUAAAAUUUUAUCAUAUAUAAUUCAAUCAAAAUUCAAUAUAUUCUGUCCAAACAUAUCUGUACAAAAAUAAAGUGACCCAAAAUCCAAUACUUUAUGUGUCGGAUCAUAAAACUUUCAAUUUGACCCAAUUAGGACACAAUCAUUUGAAUUUUAUGCAAUCAGUCUAUAUCAUUAACACGAGUUGUGAAAUUUACCACGAGUUCCUUAAUAUAUAGAUGAAAAUUUAAUAUUAACACUUGUGAUUCACUUUUUUUAGACCCAGAUCAUAAAAAUCCCAAUUCGACCUGAUAAGGAUACAAUCUUCGUUCUGAAAUGCAAUUAGCAUAUAUCAUGAACACAAAUUGUGAAAUUGACCACGAGUUACUUAAUAUAUAGAUGAAUUUUUAAUAUUCACACUUCUGAUUCACAUUUUUUAGGAUACAAUCAUUUGAAAUGUAAUCAGCAUAUAUCAUGAAAACGAAUUGCAAAAUUGACAAUGGUUUACUUAACAUAUAAGUGGAAUUUUAAUAUCCAUACUUGUGAUUCACAUUUUUAGACCUGGAUCAUAAACCUCCAAUUUGACCCAAUAAGGGCACAAUCAUUCGAAUUUUAUGCAAUAAGCCUAUAUCAUGAACACGAGUUGUGAAAUUGACCACGAGUUCCUUAAUAUAUAGAUGACAAUUUAAUAUUAACACUUGUGAUUCACAUUUUUUAGACCCGGAUCAUAAAAACCGUAAUUCAACCCAGUAGGGAUACAAUCAUUUGAAAUGUUAUCAGCCUAUAUCAUGAACACGAGUUAUAAAAUUGACAAUGAUUUACUGAACAAAUAUAUGGAAUUUUAAUAUUCAUACUUGUUACCGCCUCCGGUCCUUAUUAAACUUUACACUUUGACUUCACAUAUAUUAAGGAAAUAAAUUUGACUUUACUGUACAGUACACUGUUUGACACUGUUUGGUGUAGAUUUGUUUGCCAAAUAAAGCAAAUAAGGAAGUGUAAAGUUUAAUACGGGACUGCUCAAAGUGUAAAGUUUGACAAAGUUUAAUCACCUAAAUCUAACUUCCACCUACCAAUUCAAUUCAUUUUUUAUGGCUUAAGAUUUUGAUCAGAUAAAUAUAAUCAAAUAAAAUUUAAUCAGAAAAAAUAUAAUCAGAUAAAAUUUUAUUAGAUAAAAAAUAUAAUCAAAUAAAAUUUAACACUUAUGAUUCACAUUUUUUAGACCCGGAUCAUAAAAACCCCAAUUCGACCUGGUAAGGAUACAAUCUUCUGAAAUGCAAUUAGCAUAUAUCAUGAACACGAAUUGUGAAAUUGACCACGAUUUACUUAAUAUAUAGAUGAAAUUUUAAUAUGCACACUUGUGAUUCAUAUUUUUUAGCCUUGGAUCAUAAAAACCCCUAUUCGACCCAGUAGGGAUACAAUCAUUUGAAAUGUAAUCAGCCUAUAUCAUGAACACGAGUUGUAAAAUUGACAAUGAUUUACUUAACAUAUAGAUGGAAUUUUAAAAUUAUUAAUUUAACAUUUUCGAUUAAUUAAACUCAAAUUUAACUCAAAUUAUUAAUUAUUAAUUUCUAAUAUCCCCUUGUCGGAUUUACCAAUUCCGACAUGAUUUUUUUUUAUUAUUUAUUGAUUUUUUUUCGUUGUAAUUCAUUCGCAAUAUAUAAAACUUCUAAAAAAAUCCUCUCGUCGGAAUUGGGACUUCCGACAGGAGUAAAACCAAUUUUUUAUUUUGUUUAAAAAUCCCUAUAUCGGAUUUAAGUUGGGAUUUACUAUUUCCGGAUUAAUAUCAAAAAAUAAUAUUAAGCAAUCAAAAAAAUUUAAAAACUAAAAUUCAUAAUUUUCAUUUUAAAAAAUAUGCCAAGAAUUUAAAACAACUUUUAAUUCGGAAUUUAGAAUAAGGAAUUAACAAUACUUUUAAAAAAUUAUUAAAAUCAAAGCUUUAACAAUAAGGAAUUAACAAGGAGUUAAAAAAACAAAACAAAAAUCCUGGUCGGAAGUCACACAUCCGAUUGGAGGGAGAGGUGUUUUUUUUAAACCCUUCCUCUGGUCGGAACACCCAAUUCCGACUCCCGCUUUUUAGGAAAACCUAGUUUUUCCCCGUUUUUUGGCAAUAGAUAUUGAUGAAUCCCGUAUUUUGGUAAAACACCUAUUAAGAACACAUUUUAUUUCAUUCCCAUGAGAACAUAUCCCACUCAUAUAUAUAAAUUAAAUUUGUCAAUAAAUACAUCUAAAAUUAACAGUAAAGACAAUGUUUUUUUAUUUGUCCAUAUACUCUUCAUCAUAUCUGAGCUUUUGUUGUUGGGUACAUCCUACGUAUCCAUUUAAUUUUUUAUUUCUAUUGUUAUUAUUGUUCAGUACAUAUACAUGUACUCGUCCAACUCUAAAAGUUUAUUGAUAUUUUUUUGAUUAAUCUUCACAAUGUCAUUCAGAAGCAUUAAUCCUAUAUUCAUCUUUGUCAUCUUCCUAACUUCAGUAGUUUCUUCAUACUCUCAGCUCCAACUACCAUGCACGCCUCCGUACCAUAACUCCCACCCAUUCUGCAACACCUCCCUCCCCAUCGCCACCAGAGUCCAGUCUUUCAUCUCCCUCCUCACCGUCGACGAGAAAAUCCCGCUUCUUUGCGACAACAGCUCCGCCGUGCCACGGCUAGGCAUCCCCGCCUACCAGUGGUGGGGGGAGUCCCUCCACGGGAUCGGCCUCAACGGGCCGGGAGCGAACCUCGACGGAGUCAUCAAGGGCGCCACGAUAUUCCCGAAUGUCAUCGUCACGGUCUCGUCCUUCAACCGCACGCUGUGGCGAGCGGUGGCGGCCGCCGUGGCUGUGCAGGCGAGGGCUUUGCAUAAUGUGGGUCAAGCUGGGUUGACUUUCUGGGCUCCGACCAUAAACGUGUACAGGGAUCCGAGAUGGGGAAGAGGGCAAGAGACGCCCGGAGAGGACCCUUAUGUGGCUUCUGUGUAUGGUAUGGAGUACGUGAGGGGGUUACAGGGGAAGGAUCUGAUGCGUGGAAAUGGUGGGGGAGAUUUGAAGGAGGAAGAUGGGAAUGACAGGUUGAUGUUGUCGGCGUGUUGCAAGCAUUUAGCUGCUUAUGACUUGGAGCAUUGGCAAGACAUUGAUAGGUUUAACUUUAAUGCGGUGGUAACAAGACAAGAUAUGGAGGACACGUAUCAGCCUCCUUUUAAAAGCUGUAUAAGGGAUGGCGAGGCAACGUGCAUUAUGUGUUCUUAUAAUGAAGUUAAUGGGAUACCCGCUUGUGCAAACAGAUAUCUCCUGGACAGGGCUCGAUCAGAUUGGGGAUUCAAAGGAUACGUGGCCUCAGAUUGCGAUGCUAUCAGCAAUAUAUUUAAUUAUUUGCAUUACACGAGAACUCCAGAAGAAGCUUCUGCAAUUGCACUUAAAGCAGGGACGGAUAUCGGGUGCAGAACAUUCCUGAGGGACCAUAUGAAAAGUGCAUAUGAGAAAGGGAUAGUGGCAGACAGUGAUUUGGACAGAGCUUUGGUGAACCUGUACACGGUUCUAUUCCGGCUCGGUCUUUUUGAUGGACCUGCCGGGAAUAGGCGGUUUUCGAACUUAGGACCACAGGAUGUGUGUAGUCCCGAGCACAGCGAAUUGGCACUCGAAGCGGCAAGGCAAGGCACUGUCCUGCUCAAGAAUGAGCACGGUUUCUUGCCUUGGGAUCCGUCUCGUGUGCUCUCUCUGGCUGUUAUUGGGCCUACGGCCAAUACGACCUACCUUGGUGGUGACUAUUCAGGAAAUCCCUGCAACAAAAGAAACCUUUAUGGGGGAUUCGUAGAAUACGUACAGAAUGUAUCUUAUGCGCCUGGAUGCUUAAAUGUUGCUUGCAACAACACUAUUGGUUUCGGGAAAGCUGCAUAUGUUGCUAAGGCCGCUGAUUAUGUCAUCCUCGUUCUUGGAUUGGACUUGUCCCAGGAAUCUGAAUAUCUUGACAGAAGCACUCUUCUAUUGCCUGGACUCCAAAUGAACUUGGUUAACAUGGUCGCUAAUGUCACCAAAAAUCCAUUGCUUUUGGUCCUUACUGGUGGCGGUCCUCUAGAUAUCUCAUUCGCCAAGCCAAAUCCAAGAAUUGGUGGUAUAAUUUGGAUUGGAUACCCCGGAGAAGAAGGUAGAAGAGCAUUGACUCAGAUCAUUUUCGGAGAGUAUAAUCCAGGUGGAAAACUGACUGUUACAUGGUACCCAGAAUCAUAUACCAGCAUACCAAUGAUUGACAUGAACAUGAGGGCUGAUCCUUCUCGUGGUUACCCGGGAAGAACAUAUCGAUUUUACACCGGAGAAAAAGUUUACGACUUUGGGUAUGGACUAAGCUACACAAAUUUUUCUCUUCAGCUCUUAGCAGCUCCAAGCAAAAUAAGCUUAUCAGAGCCCGAGAAGAAGAAAUGGAGAGGGAGAAAUCUGAACAGCGAAGAUAACAUUGUCCCUCACUAUGUCCUUACUGAUGAAGUGUCAGAUUGUGAUUCAAUGGGAUUCUCGGUUCCCAUUUCUAUAACGAAUGAUGGAUACAUGGAUGGAAGUGAAGUUGUGAUGCUUUUUUCUAGAGCACCAAGAUCUUACAAAAGUGCUCCAUUGAAGCAAUUGAUUGGGUUUGAUAAAGUUCAUGUUUCUGUAGGCGAAUCUACUACAACAAGCAUCAAUGUAAACCCAUGUGAGCAUCUUAGCAUUGUGAAUGAGGAAGGGAGCAGAAUUUUGCCACUAGGUGAUCAUACUCUUAUUUUUGAUGACAAAGAGUAUGUUAUUUCUAUUGAAAUAUGAUGUACAUGAAAAAACAUUUGUUUUUGAAAGAUUUUGACAAACCCUUGAACAUGCUGAGUUUAUUAUUGAAAUAAACACUACAAUGUUUCUGAAGCAGAAGCAGU